AUGUCAAAAAAACAGGUUAUGACAAGCUGGCGAUUUCGCUGGAGAUCGCGUAAAGGAAUUGCUCCCGGUCUCACUGGUAAUUUUGCUGGACAUCGCACUGACGAUCUCGCUGGUGAUCACGCUGAGGGUUUAUCUGGGAGUCUCGCUGGAGAUCACGCUGACGGUCUUUCUGGAGGUCCCGCUGACUUCCUCGCUAGAGAUCGUGCUGAUGGUAAUACUAGGGGUUUGACUGGAGGUUGUUUUGCUGGAGUCUUGCUGAAGAUCACACUGACGAUCUUUCUGGAGGUCUCGCUGGAGAUCACGCUGACGAUAUCUCUGGAGGUCUUGCUGGUGAUCACGCUGACGGUCUCGCUGGUGAUCACGCUGACGGUCUUUCUGGAAAUCUCGCUGGAGAUCACGCUGACCUUUUUUUUUAGAGGUCUCGCUGGUGAUCACGCUGACGAAAAAGAAUUAGAAGAAGAAGGAGGUCAAACGAUAGUCCAGUUGGCAAGGCAAUCAGUUCUCUCAAGUGAACAACGGGCUAGCACGUUCCGUCCGUUAAUUGGAGCAAUUCUAGGUGUCCUAUAUACAAGUCCUGGAAAUACACAUGCGGGGAUACAGUUUAGUUGUUCAAAACGGCCGGGUCAAAAGGAAACUGCUACUGCUACUAUAUUUCUCCGUUACUUCUUCUCUCGACACGCUCUCUUUAGUUCUCAAAUGAUCUCUGAAAUAUUCAGGUGCUUCUCAAAAACUACAAUCAUCGACCAAAAGGUCAGAAAGAAGAAUGAGAAUUUAAUAAAGGACAGAAGAAAAUUUCCUCGGUUUCUAGAGCCAAAAUUGACAGGUCACGUUGUCGACAAUUGUAACGAAGAAAUCGCGAAAGCCCGGAGCAAUAUUGACCGUCUCAUUUCGUCGGAUUCGAAACGUUACACGUGUCCAGGACACCUUAUGACCCGGCAGAACCAGAGGAGGCUCCUUUGUCCGGGAAUCCUUAACAACACUCACGUCUCAUGUCCACGGAUUUCAAGCACCGUUGAGUCAACUUCAAGACCCACUCACUUUCAAUACCCUUCUUCCUACUAUUCCAUUAUUCUCGGUGCUUUUUAUUUUUCCGUCCUUUUGCUUUUUAUGAUAGAGCUUUCGGUAGUUUAUUUUGAGAAAUAUUUCUUUGGGAACUAUAAGGAGAGAAAUUUUGUUGAAAAAUUACCGCAAAAAUCAGUGAUUCAGGAUUCAGUUACAAACAGCAAAAACUCAGCAGACUCAGUAAAAAUAGUUGAUGUAGAAAAAUCUCUUAUGGGAAUUCUAUUUAUUCAUUUUUCUUUGUCCCAUUUACCAUAUUACAAAACACCUGGAAUUCUUCCCAUACUUGAUCUUAUUUUUUGCUCUUGUUCCAAUCACAUACGAAAAAAAAUCUCGAGUGUCGAUGAUAAGGAAACUCAGUGUGUGGCCAACCGCAGUAUCAAAUUAUUGGGAGGACGUAGACUGCCAAAACUUGCAGGAGCUCAUCUAGAUGCGAAAAGCGAAAACGAUAAAGUUAUUGCUGAACCCGGAAACCGAAGAAGACAUAUAUAA